GUAUGUGUGUGUCUGUGUGUGUGUGUGUGUGUGUGUGUGUGUGUGUGUGUCUGUGUUUUCCGAGCUUUGGACGCGGCAGUGAACGCGUCCUGCCCUUUGACCCCUCCGGUUACCGACAGCUGCCUCCUCCGGUCACCGCUCGGUUAUCGGUCAGGACUGAGACGGGCAGCCCGCGGACCGCCCGGUGGGUCCACCUGUCCCGGUUUAACGGCUCCGGGACUGCAGCGGGUUAGCAUCAGCGAGCUAACGGCUAACGAAGCGGACAUGGAGGACUUCCUGCGGAGCUGCCGGCGGGUCGUGAAGGAAGACCUGGGUCCAGCUGGUCCAGGGAUCCAUGUUGUUCUUGGGAAUGAGGCCUGUGAUCUGGACUCCAUGGUGUCCUCUCUGGUCUUCGCCUACUUCCUGUCUAAGAGCGCAGGUGGUGAGACGCUCGCUGUGCCGCUGCUCAACAUCCACCAAUCAGAGCUGGUUCUGCGUUCAGACAACAUCUACCUGCUGCAGCAGACCGGUCUGUCUGCAGACCAGCUCCUGUUCAGGGACCAGGUGGACCUCAGGGCUCUGCACGCAGCCGGGCGCCUGCAGCUGACGCUGGUGGAUCACAACGUCCUGCCCAGUUCAGAUAGAGACCUGGAAGGGGCAGUGGUACAGGUAAUCGACCACCACCACCUGGAGAGAAGCCCAUCCCCCUCCUGUCUUCUUACCGUGGAGAUGGUAGGAUCUUGCGCUACCUUGAUAACAGAACACAUCCUCCUGAAAGCUCCUGAGAUCCUGGACCAGCAGCUGGCUCAGCUGCUCUACGCGGCUGUGGUGCUGGACUGUGUCAACAUGUCACCUGCUGCAGGUAAAGUAACACCUAAGGACCGUCAGUAUGCUGAGACCCUGGAGACGUUGUUCCCCUCUCUGCCUCAGAGGGGCGCUCUCUUCACUUCUCUGCAGAAGGCCAAGUUUGACGUGACAGGUCUGAACACAGAACAGAUGCUGUUAAAGGACAUGAAAGCUGUUUCACAAUCCUACAGUGUCGCCGUCCCUGUCCUCUACAUCCCACUGGAGAAAUUCUUAGAGAAGGCGGAGCUGGAGGCGGAGCUCUCAGCUUUCUGUCAGAAGUUUGGCUUUGAUCUGCUUCUCCUGAUGACGAUUUCCUUCACUGAGAGCAACGAGCCAAUCAGAGAGCUGGCUGUGUUUAGCCUCAGUGCCACCUGCAGGGAGCAGGUGUGCCGAUACCUGGAAAAGGCCCUUAACCCCGCCCUUAGCCUCUGUCCAAUCGGCAGCCCCCACUCCCACAUCUCAGCCUAUCAGCAGGGGAACGUUUUAGCGUCCCGCAAGAAGCUCCUCCCCCUCGUUAAAGACUUCCUGGUGGAGUGGGAUGGGGACGGUUUCCCUGGAAACACAGAGGAGGAGGAGUCUGUGGUCCCCCCAACACCCAUGAACAGUCUGGUGGAGGGAUGUCCUCUGGACGGAGGUCUGCCUCCCAUCAGUGCUCAGGACCUGCAGGACAAGUUCAGCCAGAUGGAGACGUCUGACCUCUGACCCCCUCCUGUCAAUCAUCAGGUCCUCAGGUGACACAGAGGGCACAGAACCCAACCUUUUUAUUAAUGGAUCCAGCUGGACUGAAGCUGGUCCAGCAGAACCAGUGAGUCCAGAUCCAGGUUCAGCUGGGCCACUCCUGUCCUCUGGAGGGCUUUACCAUGUUUGUAUCUUUUGUUUGUUGAAUUACAACAAAAUAAAAGCUCUGAGGGACGUUCACUCUAGAUCCUUCAAAAUAAAA